CAAAGCUAAAAGAUUAAGAACACAAUAAAAAUUAACCAGUCAGUCAGCCAGGCAACUCAUAUGCAUGUGUAUAUAAAAAAAACAAAUAUAGUUGGUGUUCAUCGCUGCCAUGAAAGAUACUGACUUUACGGAAGAGGCAGGGGGGGCAUUUAGAGGUGUAGCUGCUGCUAUAAAAGCUUCAGUUCCCGCUAUAAGGGAAGGAACAAGAGUUUUGGGCCAAAUUCGCUUUUUGGCUUUUGCAAGUGAAGGUGGUGUGGCUGCUAAAAAACUUCUUCCGCGGCUUGUAUAUUUAGCAUCUUGGGGACUUUCUGGAGCAGCGGUUGUCGCUGAUAUAGCAACGCGAACAUGGGACUCUCCUAAGGAGUUGAGGGCGUCCGUCGCUACAUAUUUUGUCGCAUUUCACAUUCCAGCCUCAUUGUUACUUCCGGCCAUAAUUAUCCACAAAGUCGUCCACUUCACAGAAGGCGCUAUCAAAAACUUCUCUUUAUUUAAAGCGCUUCCCUCACGAGCAAAAUCGUUACUCCCUGCAGGAGUUGCCUUAUUCUCGAUUGUGCCCGUUGUCCCCGCGGUGGAUCAUAGCGUGGAAUAUAUUAUGGAACCAACGUUAGGAAAAUAUCUAGGUCUGAAAUUCUACGGCCAUAAAAUAGAAAAAAUUAUUAAUAAAGAACUUUAAAGUUUUUAAA